GUCAUAUAACUGGGCGGGAUCUCACGCGAUCACAUGGAACCCCAUUCAUGUAUGAUUUACGUACAUUUCUGUCGUAUCCAAAUGAAACGGGUCCUUUAUUUCCGCAAAUCUUACUUGGGAAUUAAAUUCAGUCUCCAGGAUCAGCUGUGGCCGGCGUCUUGUUCUAAUAAACAAGUAAUGAACCUCAGAAACAGAUGAAGAAUGGAGGGAAUCCUAUUCAAGUGGACAAAUUACAUAAGUGGUUGGCAGCCUCGCUGGUUUGUACUGGAAGGAGGGACUUUGUCCUACUAUGACUCGCAAGAGGAUUCCUGGAAAGGAUGCAAGGGAAGCAUCAAAAUCUCAGUGUGUGAAAUACAAGUCCACUCCUCUGACUUCACACGGGUUGACCUGACCAUCCCUGGAGAACAGUACUUCUACCUCAGAGCCAUCAACGCAGCGGAGAGGCAGAAAUGGCUGGUCGCGUUGGGAUCUGCAAAGGCCUGCCUCACAGACAACCGAACCAAGAGAGAGAAAGAGCACCAGGAGAACACAGACGCUCUGAAGACCAAGAUGUCAGAGUUGAGGCUGUACUGUGACCUUCUCCUCCAGCAAGUUAACCAGAUCAAGGACAGUGAGGAGACUGAGGAGGCUGGGGAGAACCCUGGCACCAUGGUGAAGUCUACAUGCACCACCUUCAUCAAGACGUUGGAGGAGUGCAUGCUGAUCGCCAACCACACCUUCAGCUCAGACCAGGCCACCAAGACCCCACCCGGGUCACCUCCCGUGGCAACCAUCAAACCCCAGAAGGUCAAACCUGUCAAUCAAUCAAAUCAGGAAAAACACAGGGAGUUAAAAGAAAUCUCAGGAGGAUCUGUAACACAUGACAACCAGAGCCUUGACUCUGGAGCAGAGGGACCAGACCAACUAGACGGACCAGACACUCUCCCUGAGAGAACCACCCAAACACCCCCAACAGAAAAUAGCCCAGCCGGCAGGGACCACCAGGGCCCAGAGGAGUCUGCAGUGGAAGAGGAGGAGGCCACUACCCAAACCACCCACACAAACCCUGACCCAGAACACACCGACCAACCAGCACAGCAGGAGGAGGAGGAGGAAUUCAAAGAGGUGGAGCAGGGAAUGAACAACGCCCAAGAAGAAGAGAAACAAGAAGUGACCCAGAACCAACAGGAAGCUGUCACUGACCAAGAGGAAGCCAAGCUGGAGGAGGAGCAGCCUGCCCAGCCACAGGAAGAAGAGAGAGAAGAGGAGGAGGAGACAGAGCAGGUGGACACAUUCUUCAGUACGAUGAGUCACAGAUUUAGUGAUAUAAGACUGGACGGUGACAGUGGUAUCCCUACACAAGCCUUUUUGGACUCAUGCUAUGCAAUAGUGCCUGUAUUAGACAAACUAGGAUCCACAGUAUUUGGUCCAGUAAAAAUGGAUUUUACAGGCAACAUCAAGAAGAUCCACCAGAAGCUGUCGUCAGACCCGGGCAGCUUCCCCACACUGCAGACCAUAGUGCUCCACGAGGUGCAGACCGACGUGGCCCGCGUCCGCAACUCAGCCACCGAGGCCCUGCUGUGGCUCAAACGAGGACUCAAGUUCCUCAAGGAGUUCCUGUCCCUGGUCAACUCUGGGGAAAGGGAUAUCCCCGGAGCGCUGGGUAAUGCUUAUGGACGGAGUCUGCGGCAGUAUCAUGGAUGGGUUGUGCGAGGUGUAUUUGCUCUGGCUCUCCGAGCAGCGCCAUCAUACAGCAGCUUUGCGGCGGCUCUGGUGUCCAGAGAGGGGGAUGAACUGAAAGAAGGAUUCAACACAGGCAUGCACCGGGACCUGGGGGUCUACCUGCCUGCCAUGGAGAAACAACUGGACAUCCUGGAUGCCCUGUAUGAAGAAUACAACCUGGAGUCAGAUGAGGUGGUCUGAGAGGAGGAGACGAGAUCCCAACUGGUGGCCUGAGAGGAGGAGACGAGAUCCCAACUGGUGGCCUGAGAGGAGGAGACGAGAUCCCAACUGGUGGCCUGAGAGGAGGAGACGAGAUCCCAACUGGUGGCCUGAGAGGAGGAGACGAGAUCCCAACAGGUGGUCUGAGAGGAGGAGACGAGAUCCCAACAGGUGGUCUGAGAGGAGGAGACGAGAUCCCAACAGGUGGCCUGAGAGGAGGAGACGAGAUCCCAACUGGUGGCCUGAGAGGAGGAGACGAGAUCCCAACUGGUGGCCUGAGAGGAGGAGACGAGAUCCCAACAGGUGGUCUGAGAGGAGGAGACGAGAUCCCAACAGGUGGUCUGAGAGGAGGAGACGAGAUCCCAACUGGUGGUCUGAGAGGAGGAGACGAGAUCCCAACUGGUGGUCUGAGAGGAGGAGACGAGAUCCCAACUGGUGGUCUGAGAGGAGGAGACGAGAUCCCAACUGGUGGUCUGAGAGGGGCACUACCAGAGGAAGAAGAGAGCCCUCAGACUCAGACCAUCUGGGAUACACUGACGGGAGAGGAGAACCCUCUUCAGGAUGCAGAAACUUUAACCCUGCAGGUGUGGGCUUGGUUGGUUUGCUCCCCGAGAACAGGGUCAAGCCCCAGGUAGCAUGCUCACUAGAUUAGCCAAUCAGAGCCAUCCGGAGGAUAGAGGGGCGUGAUUGAGUAUGAGCAUGCUCGGUGUAAGAUGAGGUAUUGUCUCACAUUCCUAACUCUGGAACAAUGCAAGGUCUAAUGGCCGUAGAGGGACUAGGUUUUGGAGGGAGGACAUUUUCAGGUUUUCCUUCUAGUGGUUUACGCUUAGUACUUCCAAUUACAAAGGGUGCACUGUUGUACAAAUGGUGGUCUUCUGACGGAGCACAUUUCCUGGUGACGGAGGCACACUUUCCACUCCGUUAUAGUGACUUUGACUGUACUUGAUGUAGUGUACAGUACUUUAGACAGGCUCUUUUCCCUCCUGUGACUUCCAUUAUGAACAGAUGCACCAUUGGUUGCUGAGAAUGCACAAAUAUGGACUUUUACUUUAAAUUAAGGCUGAUAUUAUUAUUGACAGCAUUAUUUGACAGCCUACAUAGGCUGUAUGUAAUGAACUGCAUAAAACACUGAAGAGUAUAAUGUAGCGGUGUUAGUAUUGAUCCCUGCUGAACUCCAUACACCCAUAUACUGUAUCUACAUGGAUGACCUAUGUACCACCAACCCACCUCCUCCCUCCCUCCACAACCCACCUCCUCCCUCCCUCCACAACCCACCUCCUCCCUCCCUGCACAACCCACCUCCUCCCUCCCUGCACAACCCACCUCCUCCCUCCCUCCACAACCCACCUCCUCCCUCCCUCCACAACCAUUCUCAUUCUCUCACAUUGUCUCAUCUACAAAUGUUUUGUUUACCUAGUGACAUUAACAUGAACGAGUAUUUUCCUCGUUAUCUUAAUCAUUUAAAUGUAGUCUUUAUGAGUAACUUAUGGAAUAAACCAUGUUCUAUAUGGAUGGAUGGAAAUGUCCAUGUUUUAAUGUAUAGGGUUCGACUGAGGUGCCAACUGAAGUGGAAUAUAUAGCAAGGCCUUGAUUCAAAAUGUAUUCACAAUCAUGAUGAUGGAUAGAUUGUUAUUGUCUUCUAUUAGCUGACUUUCCUCUCUGUGACUGAUGGUCUAACUGAUGGUGUGGGUUAAGAAUAAUACAACAGUGAUUAUCAUAGAGGCAGUCUAACUCUGGCCUCGUUUUUAAUUCUGGACAUUAAUUCAGUCUUGUUAUAGAUGCACUGAGCCAUUUGGACAAAGCAGAAAUAUCUGACCGAUGUGCAAUAGGCUGAUUUCUUGUUGUGAAUCAUUUCUAGUGUUAAUGCUAAUGUUUUUGCUAUGCUAUUGUAUCUCACAAUUUCAGAUAGAACACAUUUUAUACCAAUGUACAUAAGAUGGCAUUUUUACAUAUGUAUUAAAGUUGAUGAAAUCA